UUCACACAUUAUUCUCGCACGUGAAACAGUCGAGUAACAAUUCUUCGAAAUUUGUAAUUUUUCUUUGAUGCAAGAUGCCUAAGAAAAAGUCAGGGGCUCGAAAAAAAGCCGAAAAACAAAAGGAACGCCAGCGAGGAAUAAGAGAAGGUCGUGAUAGACCUAUUACGGAUUAUUUCUGCAAUGCGAUAAUGGAAUGUGACAAAUGCAAAAGGCGACAAAAAAAUCGAGCUUUCUGUUAUUUCUGCUCAUCAGUUCAGAAGUUACCUAUCUGUGGAAACUGUGGAAAGACGAAAUGUAUGUCUAAAAGUGGAGACUGUGUUGUUAAACACGGAGCAACUUUCACAACUGGCUUUGGGAUGGUGGGAGCUAUUUGUGAUUUUUGUGAGGCUUUUAUCUGUCACAGCAAAAAAUGUUUAACCACUCACGCUUGUGACUGUGCUGUAAGAGAUGGUGAAUGCAUUGAAUGUCAACGAGGUGUGUGGGAUCAUGGUGGACGUGUUUUUGUGUGUUCAUAUUGUGCAUCAUAUUUGUGUGAAGAUGAUCAAUUUGAGCAUCAAGCCAAAUGCCAAGUGCUUGAGUCUGAGACAUUAAAAUGUGGUUCCUGUAACAGAUUAGGUCAAUACUCAUGCCUCAAGUGCAAGGCAUGUUACUGCGAAGAUCAUGUCAGAAGAAAAGGAGUAAAGUACACGAGAGGACAGCCCCUACCUUGUCCAAAAUGUGGAUACCAGACCAAAGAGACCAAAGAUCUAAGCAUGUCCACCCGUAAUUACGCUUAUUCUCGUCAACGAAAUGAUGUGGACGACGAUGAUGACGACUACGGGUCCAGCGGUUUUAGUUACGGCUCAAGUGGGUUCAGUUACGGGUCAGGCGGUUAUGCUUACGGGACAUCCCGUCACGCAGAUGAUGAAGACGAUGAUGAAGAUGAUAGUAAUGAGGAUGAUGACGACGAGGAGGAAGAGGAAGAAGAAGAGGAAGAAAUUGAUGAUGAUGACGAUGGCAAAGAAGACAAACAGGACAGAAGUGACCUGGAGGACGAGUUAUCUGAACUAAAAGUUUAAUUGUCUUGACCAAACUCAAAGGUUUUCUUGGAAUUGGACAACUUACUAAUAUCCGCAGAAACUGGAAUAAAUGCAAAGAUUAUUUUAUUAUUUUAGAAGAAUAAAAUAAUGUAUUAAGUAACAGAGAAGAGUCGAUAGAAUUUUGUCUCAGGUUUAAAAAUGAACCGAAAUUGUAGUGCUGGUCCUGACAUAUCUAAACAUCGUAGAGACUAAUAAUUUUGUAGAAAUAGUGCCUUGACUUAGAAAUUGUGCGAAUUAGUGUUUCUUUCGCGUGCAAAAUCUUUGAUGACGGGAGGCCAAAAAGCUGGCGCGUGACCUCUCAUAAUUAGUGAUGUAUUAUUCAGAACCGAAAAAGGCAAAGUAACACCGCUUGAGUAAACAGCUUUACUUCCGCACAAUAUUUCUCUCUAGAAUUGCUGUUUCAGGUGCCGACAGUGUUUAAAUAGAAAGUUAAUACUCAAGAGGAAGAAAAGUGUGAAAGUCGAUUGUUAAUGAAAAAUCUGACAUGGUGAUGAUAUUCUUUCGAUUGUAUUUUAACAGGGGUUCAAAUAAGUAAUUUUUCUUUCUUUUAACUUUUUCUUUUGAAAAUAGUCCAAUAGUGUUAUAGCAAUUUUCAAACAGGAUACUAGUGAUUAGCAAAUUAUGCGGCGGAAAACUGGAUUUGUAUCCUUAUCCAUGUAGUAGCUAUAUUUUGUUCGUCUUGCAACAGAUGUUUACAUUUUACAACGCUUUUAUGUUCCCUUCAAAACAUUUAGACCGUCAGUUCCCAAAGUAAGGCAGUGUGUUUGAUUGUUAGCUCUGUGUGCCUCUGCUUUGAUACGUGCCAAAAUUUUAAAUCAGUUUUUGUGUUGAAAAUAAAUAAUCGAUUUCAGACAAAUAACAACGAAAAGCAAGUUUGUUGGCUUUUAGACACAUCAUUGUCAUUGUUAGUUUUGAUUUAUUAACAAUUUUACAAAAAAAAUUUUUUGGCAACAGAAUUUUAUUGUUGACAUAAAGCGCACAAAUAAAUCUAAACUGUGCUCUGACCUGUCUGGAUUGGCACUUCCGAAAAUACACCUUGUCAGUGGUCUGAAAAAGUUAAAUGAAUUGGUGAGUUGUGAAAUCA